AAGCGACUCAAAACAUACCAAUAAAAGACUUUUCAAACCCCUGAGCAGCAAAACUUGAAAACCUCGCCGGCCGGUCACUGAAUUUAGCUCCGGCGUCGUCAACAGUCACCGAGAUAACGCUCGAUUAGCAGUUAUAUAUACAUAUAUUUAUAUAUAGCAGAUACAUAGAGAAGAAGAAUGGUGUAUAUCACUUCCUGGGAUGAUUUCGUUGAGAGAUCCGUACAGUUGUUUCGCGCCGAUCCCGAGAAAACUCGCUAUGUGAUGAAAUACAGACAUUCUGAUGGUAAAUUGGUUCUCAAGGUCACUGAUGAUAAAGAGUGUAUCAAGUUUAAGACUGACCAAGCCCAAGAUGCCAAGAAGAUGGAGAAACUUAACAACAUUUUUUUCACCUUGAUGUCUCGUGGUCCGGACGCUGAUAUAUCUGAAGUGGGUGGCAAAGAACAAAUGGAGGCACAAGCACCUAAGAAAGGAAGAGGAAGGAAACAAUAAUUCUUCGAUGGGUUUGUUGCUGCACCUCUCUACUGCUGUGAAGAUAAUUUUUUAAACCUGCAAGGAAUUUCUCUCCAACUUCUUUUUGUAUUAUUAAUGGAACACAUCUUUUUUGCUUUUUGAAGAUAGUCCUUUUAAUUUGCAAGC